AUGCACACAAUCCUCACAGGCGCAACAGGGCUGGUAGGCUCCGCCGUCCUAGAUUCCAUGCUCUCCAACCCAUCAAUCACCAAAGUCACCAUCCUCUCCCGCCGACCCGUCGCCCAAGCCACCGCGCGCGCCGACCCGCGCGUGUCGGUGGUGCUGCACGACGACUUCAGCUCGUACGACGACGCCGCGCUCCGCAGCCGCAUCCAGGACGCACGCGGCUGCGUCUGGGCCCUGGGCAUCAGCCAGACCCAGGUCGGCAGCCGGGACGAGUACGAGCGCAUCACCAAGACGUUUGCGCUGGAGGCGGCUCAGACCUUUGGCGACAUGGCCCGCGAGUCCGGCAGGCCCUUUGACUUUGUCUACGUCUCGGGCCUGGGCGCCACCACCAAGCCCGGCAGGUUCACGCAGCUCUUUGCGCGCGUCAAGGGCGAGGCUGAGCUGGGGCUGGCGGCCAUUCAGGACGAGAACCCGCUGCUGCGCGCGAGCUCCGUCAGGGCUGGCUUCGUGGACCCCGCGGCCCACAAGGCCAUCGGGGAGUAUCUGCCUGCGAGGCCCAUGCUGACGAGCCUGAUGGAGAAUGUGCUAGGUCCGGUCGUGCGGGGCUUUUGGAAGAGCGCAUGGAGCCCGACGGAACAUCUGGGGAGGUUUAUGACUGAUAUGGCGGUUGGGAAGUGGUCAGAAAAAGAGAUGGUUGCUGCCGGAGCUGAAAAGAUUGGGAAAGGCGGCUUUCUCAUCGUUGAGAACCCGACCUUCCGGAAGUUACAAGGGCUGGAUGCGUAA